UUCAGUCUGUGACAUUUUCCUUUCAAAGAAAAGGGUGGAAAUGUCAUCAAAAUGGAAAUGAGUUUUUUAGAUGUUGGACUGCUCACCAAAACUUUAGUAUAAAUAUGCAGAAAUAGGAAAUAAUUAUGAUUAGUGGCUGAAGGAAAACUCAGAUUUAACCCUAAUAAACCAUUAAAUGCCAAGCAGGAAUUACUCCCUCUGUUCUUGCCAUCGCUGUGUGUGUGUGUGUGUGUAGAUUAGGUCUGUUGGACAUUCCUUGCAUGCUCACAUUCAUCGCGGCUCUGAGUAGGGGGAUGGAAGAAAGAGGAGGGAGGAGUUAGUCUCACAUAGGCACAUGUCCGGCUCUUGGAAAACUCACAGAUUUUCCUCCGGCAGCGAGAGGAGGUGAGAAGAGGAGGACAGGAAGCAAACAUCUGCCGACACACGAUGUGGCUGACUCUUCUUUACAGCUGCACCGGUGGAGCAGCUCUCCUGUACGCUCUGUACAGAUGGGUGAUCCCCGCCGCCGUGCAGUAUCACGGAGGACUGGCGCUGGUUUGGCACGAUGUGAUUGUGGAGCGAAUGCUGGACACGCUGACCCAGUCCACCCGUCCUCAGCGGCUCCUGGGUGCAGUGCAGAAGAACGCCACUAGAGGAGACCCUCGCAGCGUGGUCCAGGCCAUCGAUCAGUUCUGCAGACAGAAAGAGUGGGCCAUGAAUGUGGGGGAUGAGAAAGGCUGCAUCCUUGACUCAGUGGUGUCUGAGGUGAACCCAGCCACUGUGUUGGAACUAGGAACCUACUGUGGUUACUCCACAGUACGAAUCGCCAGCCUGCUUCCUCCUCACGCCAAACUCAUCACUCUCGAAUUCAACCCAGACUUUGCUGCUAUCGCUCGUCAGGUCAUUGCUUGGGCCGGAGUAGAGGACAAGGUCCAUUUAGUAGAAGGAGCGUCUGGUGACUGGAUCCCCAAAAUGACAGAGCAGUUUGGGGUGAAAACAUUCGACUUGGUUUUCUUGGAUCACUGGAAGGACCGUUACCUUCCUGACACAAUGCUGAUGGAAGAGUGUGGCCUCCUAAGGAAAGGCAGCAUCUUACUGGCAGAUAACGUCAUCUGCCCCGGAACCCCAGACUACCUCGAGUAUGUUCGAAGCAGCCCGAGAUACGAAAGCCAGUACUUCAAAUCUCACCUGGAGUACACCAAAGUGGAGGAUGGCUUGGAGAAAUCUGUCUUCUUGGGGUAGUUUUUAACCAUUUAACCAGAAGUGCCAUGUUUUAAGCAGGUACACGUAAACCUCAGACCUCUGGAGACUUGAAAUAAGAGGUUAAAUCUGUUUUUUUCUAAUGUCAGAGUGUGCGUUAACCUGAAAUUAAACACAUGAAAGGAAAACAA